AUGGACUCUCGCACCUCUCAUGCAGCAGCCAGCAAGGCCCUCCUUGCAGCAGAAGCGCGCUAUAUCACCAACAACCCCCUCUCCAAACAGAUUUACGAUCAGGCCACGUCCUCUCUUCCAGGAGGCAACACGCGCACAGUCCUGCACACCUUCCCAUUCCCGCUGGCCAUCACUCACGGCAAAGGCGCCCACGUCUGGGACGCCGACGGCCACGAAUACCUCGACCUGGUCGGCGAGCUGUCCGCCGGCCUAUACGGGCACUCGAACCCCACCAUCCACAAUGCCAUCCAGCGGGUCCUCUCCUCGACGGGCUUAUCCCUGGGGGGACAGACCCCUUACGAGCAGCGCUUUGCGUCACUGCUGUGUGCACGAUUUCAUCUCGACAGCGUGCGCAUGACUAAUUCAGGGACAGAGGCUAAUUUGCAUGCUUUGGCGGGUGCGAGGCGGUUUACGGGGAGGAGGAAGGUUGUGGUCUUCUCGGGAGGGUAUCAUGGUGCGGUGCUGAGCUUUCCGGAUGGAAAGCCUGCGGAGAAUGUGGUCGAUAAGGGGGAUUUUGUCGUUGUACCGCGGUACAAUGAUGUUGAGCUUGCGCAGGAGGUAAUUAGGAAGGUGGGAAAUGAGUUAGCCGCUGUGUUGAUCGAGCCGAUGCAAGGGGCUGGGGGAUGCAUAGUUGGGAAGAGGGCAUUUUUGCAUGCUGUGCAGGAGGUCGCAAGGGAGGUUGGGGCAUUGUUUAUCCUGGACGAGGUGAUGACGUCGCGUCUGGCACCUGGCGGCUUAGGCGCCGAGUUGGGCCUGAAGCCAGAUCUGAUGACUAUGGGAAAGUAUUUGGGUGGCGGCUUUGCAUUUGGAGCAUUCGGUGGACGGGAGGAGGUCAUGAGGGUGUUUGACCCGCGAGAGCCUGGGGCACUGGCACACUCUGGGACUUUUAACAACAAUACGAUGUCCAUGUGUGUUGGGGCUACGGGUUUGGAGGAAGUUUUUACGCCUGAAGUGUGCGUGAAGUUUAAUGCCAAAGGAGACAGCUUGAAGAAACGGCUGCAGGAUAUUGCUAGGGGGACAAGGCUGACAUUCACAGGCAGGGGCUCGUUGAUUGGGCUACACUUUACGGAGGAUGGAAUGCAAGAUAUCAUUUGUGGCGAGGACCUUAAAGGGAGAGACAGGAAGGAUUUGAGAGAUCUUUUCUGGUUUGAGAUGCUGGAAGCCGGGUAUUGGAUCACACGUAGAGGAUUCAUCGCCUUGAUAUUGGAAACUUCGGAUGACGAGCUUGAUGCAUUUGUUCAAGCAGUAAAAGAGUUCCUGCAAAAGCAUAAGAACCUCAUGACAGUUGGUGCAUAA